AUGAAGAGACCCCUUCUUUUCCUCUUUCUACUUUUAUUCCUGUCUAUCAUUCUCUCCCCACCUCAUCCCUUUCUUUCUUUCUUUCUUUCUUUCUUUCUUUCUUUCUUUCUUUUUCUCACUCUGCUUUUUCCCCUUUCUCCUGAUCUCUUUCUUUCAUUUUUUCAAACUUCCUACCUCUACUCCUUUCUCUCUUUCUCUUUUCAUUCUUUCUCUAUUUCUCUCUUUACCCUUUUUUCUUUUUUUUUGCAUCUAUCUAUCUAUCUAUCUAUCUAUCUAUCUAUCUAUCUAUCUAUCUAUCUAUCUCAUUCUGCACAUAUCUAUGUAUGUAUGUAUGUAUGUAUGUAUGUAUGUAUCUAUCUAUCUAUCUAUCUAUCUAUCCAGUUAACAUAUCUUAUGAACAACCACUGUAAUCUAUCUAUCUAUCUAUCUAUCUAUCUAUCUAUCUAUCUAUCUAUCUAUCUCAUUCUGUUCAUAUCUAUCUAUCUAUCUAUCUAUCUAUCUAUCUAUCUAUCUAUGUUCAUAUCUAUCUAUUUAUCUAUCGUAGUCUGUUCAUAUCUAUCUAUCUAUCUAUCUAUCUAUCUAUCUAUCUAUCUAUCUAUCUCAUCCUGCACAUCAUCUCAGUCUGUUUUUACCGACUUACCUACCUAUCUACCUAUCUAUCACUGUCGAUUAGACACCGAAUUACCGCCGUUCAGGAUGAACGGUGAAUCUUAUUGUAAUAUCUAUCUAUCUAUCUAUCUAUCUAUCUAUCUAUCUAUCUAUCUAUCUAUCUAUCUAUCUGCAUAUAUUAGAAAGAAGAGAGAAACCGCAAACAUUUUUGGUUCACCGUCUCUAACCUUCCCUCCCGUCUUUCCUUUUUUUGCAACUGUCAUCCUCCCUUUUCAUUAUCAACUCCCACCGCCACUUUAUCGUGCCCUCUCCAUAAUCAUAUCUUUGCUCCUCUUCCCUCUACACUCUGGCUUUUAUCGAUCCGUGUUUUCUUUUCAACAGACGCACUUGCUUUCUCGACUUGUCCUUCCUCUUUUUCCUCCUUCGAUUGCUGCUUCACUUCUUUUGGCUGCUGCUGUUACUGCUGCUGUUAUUGCUGCUGCUGCUUCCAUCUUUCCGUUUGCAGCCACCACCACCACCACCACUACAACUACUGCAACUCGUAGAGAUGUCACAAUGGUAAAGGGUAUCUGA